AUUAGACGUGCCCCAAAUCCCACGCGCACCGCAUCCUCCGCCCACCCUUCCCCAAAGAUGCCGCCACCACAACUCUAACCCCCCGCCGCCCCAUUUCAAUUCCCACCACCGUCUUCACCACCACUCCACCGCUCCAGCUCCAACCGCUCGCUCUCCCCGCCCCACCUCGUCAUGGCCUCCCACCUCCACCUCCGCCUCCACUUUGCCGCCCCACCACCUCUCCUUCCCCACCACCACCACGAGCACCGUCUCCACCUCCGCCGCCUCCGGAGGCCACCCGCCCCCGUCCUAAACCCAGCCCGAACGCCGCCCCCUCCUCUCCCCCGCCUCCUCUCCCGCACCCGUCCCGUCCGGGCGGUCGGGGGCGGUGCGGAGGAGGGCACGGCGGAGCCGAAGGAGGGGGACGGGGAGGCUGGCGGCCGCGGGCUCGUGGGAGAGGACUCGGCCGCGUUCCGGCUCGGGGACCAGAGCGUGGCGUCGUGGGCCUACUUCGGCGGGAUACUCGCAGCCGUGCUCUGGGCGCUCAACGUGCUGUGGAUCGACCCCGGCACCGGGGUCGGGACCAGGUUCCUCGACGCCGUCGCCUCCGUCUCCGACAGCCACGAGGUUGUUAUGUUGCUCCUUACAAUCAUUUUUGCUGUAAUCCAUAGUGGUAUGGCAAGUCUACGAGAAACUGGUGAGAAAAUAGUAGGGGAGCGUGCUUACCGUGUGCUGUUUGCUGGAAUCUCACUGCCUCUGGCAGUUACUACUGUUGUAUACUUUAUAAAUCAUCGGUAUGAUGGUACUCAACUAUGGCAAGUUCAGGGCAUCUCUGGCAUCCAUGAGCUUGUUUGGCUCUCAUCGUUCAUUUCAGUCUUCUUUCUGUAUCCAUCUACUUUCAAUCUUUUGGAAGUGGCAGCUGUGGACAAGCCCAAAUUGCAUAUGUGGGAAACUGGAAUAAUGCGUAUCACCAGGCAUCCACAGAUGGUUGGCCAGGUAGUUUGGUGCCUAGCUCACACACUAUGGAUUGGCAACUCAGUUGCUGUGGCGGCCUCCAUCGGAUUGAUCGGCCACCACCUGUUUGGUGCUUGGAAUGGUGAUAGGAGGCUGGCAUCACGCUAUGGUGAAGCCUUUGAAGUCCUGAAGAAAAGAACGAGUGUGGUGCCUUUUGCUGCAAUCGUUGAUGGACGUCAGAAACUACCCAAAGAUUACUACAAGGAGUUCAUUCGGUUACCGUAUGUCGCGAUUACAGCUUUAACCUUGGGGGCAUACUUUGCUCAUCCCUUGAUGCAAGCAUCUAGCUACCAACUUCCGUGGUAGUAGUAGAGAGUGAUGUACAUACAUAUGUCGUUCAUUACUGAAAAGCGUUUCAACGAACAAAGAAAAAACAAGAACUAGAAAUUUUGUAUUUCAGCAGUGUACUUUGUUCCCAUUGGGCCAUACAAGAAUGUAUCCCUAGAUUGGGGGGCUAGCUUGGUUUA